AUGCCUGGCAAGGGCCGGACGGAGGGUAAUGAUGUCGAGGAUGACCUCACAAAGUGGUCUCACCAUGUGCAGGCCGCUCGAUCCCCUGGCCAGGGCCAUGGAGUUCUGCAGUUCCCCUUUAGGGAUCCCAAAGCUGCCCAGUACCUGAUGCACUUUAUCCACGACCUGUCUCCAUGGGUUGACAUUUGCGACCCCAAGCGGCACUUUGCCACCGAGGUGCCGAAGCGGGUAUGCCAGUUCCCCUUGCUGGCGUUUUCAUUGCUUGCCUUUUCCUCACGCCAAUUGAGCUGCAAGACGGGAACUCUGGACCCUGCGUGUGAAGCGUAUUACUCCCAGGCCAUCACGAUCCUGAUUGAGCUGUUGAACGACCCGGUCCAGUCAGUCCACGAAAACACGCUUGCCAGUAUCGUACUGUUGCGUCUGUACGAGGAGUUUUCGGAUGUUGACCUGGGCACCCACCUCCUCGGCAGCGCCAGGAUCCUGGACGCGGCGUCGAGCUUCGCGGCCCAGGGCGGGCUCGGCGAGGCGGCAAGUUGGAUCGUCCUGCGGCAGAACCUCUACGUGUCGUUGGCCAACUGCGCUCCCAUCAACAUGGACCUCGCGCACUAUCGCAACUCGAGCGCCUUCCUGCUAGAGGCAGACGACGGGUCCAUCGCCAACCGCGCCGUGCUCUUGUGCAGCCAGGUGCUGGCCUCUACGGUGUGCUCGACUCGUCAGCCCCCGACUCUCGCAGAGUGGACGAACCUGUACGACGAGGCGAGCAGAUGGGAGGAAUCUGUGCCUGCGCGGUUCCGGCCGUACUAUGUCGAGAAUGUGUCGACGAAAGAACCGAGCCGCGCGUUUCCUCUUAUCCUACUGACACGGCCGGCUCACGUGCUCGGCUACCAGCACUUUUACCUCGCGCGUCUUCUGUUGCAUGUCUUUGAUCCACGACAUUGGCACCCAAGCCUCCAUGCAUUCAGUGCCCGAUCCACAGCAGAGCACUGUGCGCUCUCUGACUUACGCGCGUUUCUUGGCCUGGCCAUGAGCAAUCCCAAAGCCAUGACCGCAUCUUUUACAGCCCAUCAUGCACUCCAUACGUGUGGCUGUCUGCUGCGCAAUGCAGAAAACAACGAGCGGCAAGCGGUGCUCGAGUUCCUGCGGGGGGUGUCAAAGAAGUCCGGCUGGAGGAUACAGAAGCUCACGGAUAAGCUCAACACGGAAUGGUCAACCUAG